AUGUCACUUUUCAAAUUCUUCUUUUGCUGCUCGUCCUCACGAAAUACCGCGUUGGAAUCGUCUUCUGUAGCAGAAAUGUCACCAAGUGCAGAUUCAGCGUCGGAGUUGUCUAAUCCAGAGUCACCAACUGAACACGAUGCUUUCAUUUUGAACAUGCCGGAUCUAGUUAUGAGAGAAAUCUUGAAGAAUCUUGACAUCUUGUCAAUUCAGAAACUUCGAAAAGUUUGUCACGCACUCCGUGAAUUCAUUGAUUAUUCAAAACCAGAUAACAACUUUUUUUGUAUUGCUAUCGAGAUGGAAGCUGAUGAGAGUAGAACAAAUGAGAUAACGGGCAGAGCAUUUUCUCGUAUUCUUCAUAAUUCGGAAUCUGAAGUUUAUUAUAAAUCGAACGAGAUUUUCUUCAAAUACGCAGAGCAUAAUGAUGGCUGUGAAGUGACUGACAAAAACUGGCCAUGGAAGAAGAACAUUAUCGAGAAGAACUUUAUCGAUGCGCAUACUGACGAUUUUCUGAUUCCAAUGUUAAAAAAUCAGAAGUCGCUGCUGGACUCACUCUAUUUAUUACCAACAAUCCCUAAGAAGAGUUCAUUGAAAAAUGUUGAAAAAUUUUUGGAUAGUGUCGUGCAAGUUCUGGAAUCAAGGGACCGUCUUCUCAAAGUCAAAUUUCUAGCUGUUUGUGUAGUCGGGCAAGAUCAACUAAUGGAAUUGCUUCGUUGUGUUGACUUGAAGUCACUGAAAGUUUUGCAAGUGUUCAAUGCGGUUGACACAGAAAAUUAUGAAGAUCUGUAUUUGAAUUUUGAUAUACUAGAAGGCUGUGAAACUCUUUUCGAUCUUCAUGUGCAUAAAUCCACCAUUUCCUCUAAACUCAGCUCAUUGGCCCAUAUUUUGAAUCUUAUUGUUCAUAUGGACAACGUUCAUUACGAAGAGCUAUUGGAUUUUAAAGAGAGAUUCAUUCAUUCAAAAAAUGCUCAUAACGCGGAAAUCCACUAUAAAGAGUUUCCCGACAAGUCUCGAUUCUUGGCUUCUCUCGGAUUCUCAGACGACUCCGGUCAUCGUUGGUUUUUCGAAAUGCCUGAUAGACUGAUUACAAUUGAAAACAAGAUCUCAUCGUGUUUUUCCUUUAAAAGCGAAAAAAAAAUCAUAAGUUGA